GGACUAUACAGUUGGUAGAUUGUGGUUAAUGCGUGGCAUCACAUUCAUCGUGGAAGAUGCUGAUUGGUCAAUACAGUAUUUAGAGAUCCAAAAUGACAUGUGUAAUAACAUCAGAAAUAUUUACAGAAAAUAAAAAUUUGUAUAUAAAAUAUAAAAAUAAUAAUGCAAUAUCCAGUUUUAUUUUUAAAUAUCCAUCCUAUAUGAUUAAAUCAAAAUGUCUUAACAAUAUUAUAAAUCAUGAUAAUGAUAAUGAUAUACUGUUAGAUAGACAACAAGAAGGAAAAUUAUUAAUAGAACAUCAUAUAUCUACAAACUUACAAUAUGUUGGAUUACAAGUAUGGCGAGGUGCAUUAUUGUUAGCUGAUUAUAUUUUAUCAAAUCCUAGUUUAUUCAAAGAUAAAAUAGUUUUAGAAUUAGGUGCUGGAGUUGGUUUAACUAGUAUAAUAACUAGUUUUUUAGCAGAAGAAGUAAUUUGCACAGAUAUUGAUGUCAAAGGAAUGUUGAAAUUAAUAUAUAGAAAUUUUAUACGAAACAAAAAUUAUAUUAAAGCUAAAAUUUGUAUUAAGGAAUUAGAUUUUUUAAAUUUAAAAUCAUUUACAUCUUAUAAGAAAAAAUUAGAUAAAGUAAAUGUUAUUUUAGCUGCAGAUGUAAUAUAUGAUAAAACUAUAACUGAAGGAUUUGUUCAAACAUUAAGUGAACUUUUAAAUUCAGAUAUAUCGAAAGUUAUUUAUAUUGCUUUAGAGAAAAGAUAUGUUUUUACUACAGCUGAUAUGAAAACUACUGCACCUAUGUAUGAAGAAUUUUUAGAACUUAUUGAAGCAAAACAUUUUAAUUGGCAUAUUGAAUAUAUUAAAAUAGAUUUUCCACAAUAUUUUAAAUAUAAUAGAAUAAAACAGAUGGUUCUCAUGAAAAUAGAAAACAAGUUAAAUAAAUAAUGUAAUUUAAUAUAUAACAUAUAUAACAUAUUCACGGACAUAAGAGAAAUAUUAAACAGUACUAAGUAACUAAAUAUAUAAUUGUAAAAAUCUUGGAUAAAUUUAGAAUGUUAUUAUAAAUUUUCACUACUAAUAACUUUAUAAAUGAAAAUAAAGUUUUUAUAUUCUUAUUAAUUUUUCCAUUAAUUAAUAAAAGUAUAUGUAACAUAAUUUUUUACUUCAUAAAAAGAUAUAUUUUUCCGAAAUUACAUGAUUGUUUGUGCGUACGUGUGUAUUUGUGUAUAUAGAAACAUGUACUACAAUUUUAUUCAAAAAAGCUACCCCUUAGAAGGAAAAUAAUUUUUAAUAUAAUGUUAUAAUAAUAUAAUUACCAUUAUAUAAUUAUUCUAAAAAAUAAAAAAAUAUAUUAGGUUGUCUUGAAAUAAAUUGCAAUUUUUUAUUACUAUUUCUAAUAUUUAAAAUUUUACAUAUAACAAUCUUAUGGACUGUAAACUAAUUUUAUAUUUGUUAUACAAUAUUAUUUUAAAUUUCUAGAAAUUUAUUUUCAAAUAUAUUCACAAUCAAUAUAAAUAUUGCACUACAUAAUUUAGUGAUGAUGCUUUGAUUUUCUCUAUUUAAUUUUUAUUAAUUUCAUCAAUAUAAAUAAUGAUGUAAUAAUAAGAAAAAAAACAUAUUCAUAAAAUCUUUUUAUAAUUUAAAAUAUUAAAACAAGAGAAUUUCCUUAAAAUAUGAACUAUACAUUCUGCAAAAAUAAAAUAAAUUCUGCUGAACAUAUAACUUUUUUUGUUUAAUAUUUUGUAAAAAAAUUUUUUUAUAAUGUUCGUAUAAACACAUUUAUACAAUAUCAGAUUUUUUUUUAAGACAUAGGAUAAUUUGUAUCUCAUCAAAAAAGCUAUAUAAAUUGUAAUGAAUUUAUUUCGAUUAAAUAAGUUAAUUUUAAGUAAAGCUUUAUACAUCAAAAAUCGCAAUUAAUUUUCGAACAACCUAAUAAUUUGAAUAAUUUCAAGUAAAAGCACUGAACACUUUAAAUUAUAAUAUUUCUAUGUUUAUUGUAUUUUUUAUUUACAACCUAGCAUAAGUAUUAAUGGACAGUGAUCUAACUCGUUCGAAGAGAACAUUACUAGAAAUUAAUACUUAAAAAUUGAAUAAGAUUUCAUUUUACAUAUAGAAAUAUCUCGGGAAUGUAAUUGUUUCUUCGAACGAUUAUCGGCAGUAAAAUUGUGUAUAUUAUAUAUACACAGAGAAUAAACUUACUGUAACUUACUAAAUUUUGUCUAUAAGUUUAUCUGAAAGAAUGACAAUCGACAAAGAAAUCUUUACUAAAAAUAAAAAAACAUACAAACAUUUAACGCAUUAUAAAUGAGCACAAAUACUUAAUGUAAAGGUCAUAUAUUGGCGAAAGUCACUCUCACAUUCAGAUUUUCUCGCUUUACAAAGGCACUUUUUUUAUAACAGUUCAUUCCUUACUUUGGGGUAAAACCUAUAAUUUACAGCCUCAGUUUAUUAAAUUGAGUUUAUAAGAAAUAUCUGAAGUAAUUUUAUCAAGGUCCCAUAUUUUAAGAGAUUAUGUGCUAAUUUUCCCAGUUUUGUAUUAACUUCAGAUAUUAAAUUUAUUCAUUAAUCUAUAAGAUUAUAAUUUAAAUUAAUAUUACAUAGGAGGUACAACUGUUUUAUCAUGUAAAAGAAUAAUCUAUUAUCUCAUGAAUAUACAAUAUUUAUCCAA